AAGUGACAUCUUGCUUACUACUUUGCAUGUGAUCACUGAUUGGCCAAUCAGUGAUCACAUGAUCGGGACCUCGUACAGAGGUCCCGUCCGACGAUCGGUGUUUCACUGUGUCCGGAGGACACAGCGGGCACCGGAUCGCGGUGCUGCGCGCUCCCAGGGAGCACGCACAAGCAGGUCCAAUGUUUCAGGUUGGAAUGGGCAAGCUGGAAAGGGAAGAUGCCUUAGCAUAGUGUUUUUUUUUUUUUUUUUUUUUUUUUUUCUCUGGCAUGUGUUAAACAUAUUUGUAAGAGGAGAGAGUUAUUUCACAUCA